AUGCAAGUCAAGGCUCGAAUCAGGAUCCGACAAGCGUCUUCGAAUUCUGCGUUCUGGCGCUACCCAUCUAAUGCUCCAACUUGGAGAAGUUUUCCACAGGCGGGCGGAUGGGGGAAGUGGAACGAGGGAGCGAGCGGGUUGGGUUGGGUUGGGGUUGGCGUGGCCGAGGCCCAGAGCGGGUCCGGAGAGCCUGGCCUGACGCGGGUCCCGCGCCCUUCCCUGGCAGAGAAGCCCGGGACGGCCAUGUGCGUGGGCUGCGGGAGUCAGAUCCACGACCAGUUUAUCCUGCGGGUGUCGCCCGACCUGGAGUGGCAUGCCGCCUGCCUCAAGUGCGCCGAGUGCAGCCAGUACCUGGACGAGACGUGCACGUGCUUCGUGAGAGACGGGAAGACCUACUGCAAGCGGGACUAUGUCAGGCUGUUCGGCAUCAAGUGCGCCAAGUGCCAGGUGGGCUUCAGCAGCAGCGAUCUGGUGAUGAGGGCGCGGGACAGCGUGUAUCACAUCGAGUGCUUCCGCUGCUCCGUAUGCAGCCGCCAGCUGCUGCCCGGCGACGAGUUCUCGCUGCGGGAGCACGAGCUGCUCUGCCGCGCCGACCACGGCCUCCUGCUGGAGCGCGCCGCGGCCGGCAGCCCGCGCAGCCCCGGCCCGCUCCCCGGCGCCCGCGGCCUGCAUCUGCCAGACCCCGCGUCGGGCCGGCAGCCCUCACUGCGCCCGCACGUGCACAAACAGACGGAGAAGACAACCCGCGUGCGGACGGUGCUCAACGAGAAGCAGCUGCACACUCUGCGGACGUGCUAUGCCGCCAACCCGCGGCCCGACGCGCUCAUGAAGGAGCAGCUGGUGGAGAUGACGGGCCUGAGCCCACGGGUCAUCCGCGUCUGGUUUCAGAACAAGCGCUGCAAAGACAAGAAGAAAUCCAUCCUCAUGAAGCAGCUGCAGCAGCAGCAACACAACGACAAGACGAGCCUCCAAGGACUGACCGGGACGCCCCUCGUGGCGGGCAGCCCCAUCCGCCACGAGAGUGCUGUUCAGGGCAGCGCAGUGGAGGUGCAGACGUACCAGCCACCGUGGAAAGCCCUCAGCGAAUUUGCCCUCCAGAGUGACUUGGACCAACCCGCCUUCCAGCAGCUGGUCUCCUUCUCUGAGUCUGGCUCGCUAGGCAACUCCUCCGGCAGCGAUGUGACCUCCCUGUCCUCGCAGCUCCCGGACACCCCCAACAGCAUGGUGCCGAGUCCUGUGGAGACGUGA